AUGGUGUUGCGCAGGCAGGUUUUCACCCUGCGCAAGGCUGAGAAAGAGUGCUCGGAUGCCGUGACAGACAUGGGCAGGGCCAGACAGAGCUUAACGAGCUUCUCCACCUCCGACAGCAUGGAGCGGGUUUGGGUUUGGGGCUGCAAGCUGGUGCUGACUGUGGGUCUGCUGGCUGUGGUCGUCUAUCUCUACACCGUGGUGGCCUUUAACUUCUUCAGAAAGUUCUACAAUAAGAGCGAGGACGAGGACGAGCCCGACAUGAAGUGUGAUGAUAUGAUGACGUGCUAUUUGUUCCACAUGUACGUGGGUGUGAGAGCCGGAGGUGGUAUCGGAGACGAGUUGGAGGACCCAGCUGGAGACCCCUACGAGCUCUACCGCAUCCUGUUUGACAUCACCUUCUUCUUCUUUGUCAUCGUCAUUCUGCUGGCCAUCAUUCAGGGUUUGAUCAUUGAUGCCUUUGGUGAGCUGAGAGACCAGCAGGAGCAGGUGAAGGAGGACAUGGAGACCAAAUGCUUCAUCUGUGGGAUCGGGAAUGACUACUUUGACCGGACGCCUCACGGGUUUGAAACCCACACCUUACAAGAACACAACCUAGCUAACUACCUGUUCUUCCUGAUGUACCUGAUUAACAAGGACGAGACUGAACACACGGGUCAGGAGUCGUUUGUGUGGAAGAUGUACCAGGAGAGAUGCUGGGACUUCUUCCCUACUGGAGACUGCUUCCGUAAGCAAUAUGAGGACCAGUUGGGUUAGAGAGGGCCAGCUCUGUGUCGUGCCCCAAACACGCCUCUCUACUUUCCUUCUAUCUGAAAGAGACACUGAACUUGACUUCACCCUGUUAACAGAACCUGGACAAUUUCUGGACUUUCUCUGCUGCCAUGGUGUCGAGAAAAAAAAAACAUUCAUUUUGAAUUCAGAUACACAAAAAAAUAAUGUCAAGAAAAUGAUUUAAAGACAAAUGACUGACGACUGGACAUUUCGGGGUUGUCCAUCCAAGUCCUCUUCCUUGUUACUGAAAAACAGUCACUUGCCACGACGCCUCUUUUAUGCAAAUUCUUCCUUUGAUUCUGAUUCACAUUGCCUUUUCACUUGCUUAACCCCAACCUGUUGCACAAUUUGUUGUGUGUAGACAUUUGAUACACGUGAAGGGUUACAGCAUGACAACUGAAUGUCUGAAUAUGCACAAUUUCUAGAUUAACGCCAGGAUGUUAGUGUCACUUAUUACCAAACCAACUGAAUGGAUGUGUGCUGCUAGUACUGAUCACUGUUGAUCCAGUUAACAUCAAAUGACAUGAGUGAGACCUGAUCUGCCUUUCAAAUCUGUCAGAUGAAAUGAGGAGUUGCAGAAGAUGGUUCUUCCAGGACCAGAGACGACUCACUUUAGGUGUUUAUCAUGUGCCAACGUGCCUUAUGAGAAACUAUGCAAAACAAAUUUAUCAUUUUUGUCCCUCCUGACACAAGCAGUGCUCUAGCUCUGGAUUAGUUACAAGCAGAUUUAGCUUGGUAGUUUUGUGGCUUUUAAAUUAUAAAAAGAGAAAACAUUUGUUGUAUAAAAUCUAGAUGAUCCUUGUGUAAAUGUUGCUUAGUUUGGUUUUGUUUCAAAGCUGUGGUGUCCUGCCCGCCUGCACUUCCUUCCACAGUAGAAGAGCCCCCAAACAGACGAAAAUGGAAAAAACAAAACUUGUUUCAAGGAUUUAUUGACGACAAAAUGGUUAACUGCUAUUGGAUGGCCAUUUGUAUGUAUGUAGUAGCUUUGGUAAACCGCAUUUCUUUUGAUGAGGGGGAGGAAAUGAAUAAAGUAAUUGACGCAAUAAAGCAAAGUUUCACUAUCGUGUCUGUCCCUUUUGCAGCUGAGAUCCCUCUGACGGCGACACUCCCGCGGUGUGUAACUUUCACAAGGAACAGAGAAUUCUUUCUCUGAAACAUGAAGUGUGCAACAGGAACACUUUGACACAGUAUCACAAAACAGAGAAUUCUUUCUCCAAAACAUGAAGUGAAGCAGGAAUAUUCUGACACAUUAUCACACACAUACUGUCCUGUCUCACCUCUGAACAUACUGUCUCUCAUUCAACCCAGGAAACAAACACAUAACCACCCCUUUUUGUUAAGCAAAAAAAAGCAGAGACCAAUAUCCAACUUCAGUCCUUUACAAACAUGUGUCCAACAUGUAAACUUUAGAAUGAGCUUUCAGGCUGAUUUUUAGGCAAAUUUUAAGUUUGAAAUCAAGACCAAAGUCGAACAACUCUUCAGUCUUUAAUCAAGUCCUUUGUUGGGUUGAUGGUCAGGAGAUCAUGCUGUCAAGCCAGUCCUCCAGGUCUUCUUCUGUCAUUUCCUGCUUGACGGAAGCAGAUUUGGGAGGUGUGACAUCUUUGUCUUUCACCUCCUCCAUCUUCUCUUCUAUGACUUCUGUUACCACCUCCUUCACUUCCUCA